AUGCUCGAGUCAAACUGGAACGAGACGACCGUAUCAGAUGCAGACUUCUGGAGUGCAGUCGGUACAUUGGAAUUGCGUUACGCUGUACCGUCACUACUACAAUCGUAUGUAACCAUUGACACGAAAAAUGUCAGCAGAAAUGCAUUAUAUAUAGAUCAAGUUAGUCAAGUUUCGCAUAAAUUCAUAAGUGAUUUCUGUUGCAACAGUUUAAAAUAA